AUGUCGACGUCUACCUUACCUCAGAAGAAGCCCACAGCAGCGCCAGCUCCAGUGAAAAAUCGAGAAUAUUUGCCUCCCUUCAAUGCUGCCAGCAAGAAACCCGCCACCACGCCUGCAGCAUCGAAACCAAGCCUGCAAACGAAACCGGUCGCAGCUGCAUCGAAAGACAAGAAGCCUGCCGCUACCACGAGCAAACCUGCAUUCUCUUUCGCCCAAACAAUGGCCUCUUUGCUGAAACCAAAGGAGCCAGAAGCAGCACCAGUUAAGUCAGAGAAGCAGCUGCCCCCCGAGACGCCGGAGGAGAAGGCCAAGCGUCUACGCAAGGAAGCUCGUCGGCAUCUACGUGUCACAUUCAAGCCAGACACUGCUCUUGUGCAGAUCAAAUAUUUCAGCCAUGAUCCCGACGAGGAAUUGGGCCAUGACGAGAAUUUCGUACGACAUGCCGGCGAUAUUGGAGGCGAAGGCGCCAUGUUCAAGCAGCACAAGGAGCACGAUAUCGAUGACGAUGACGAUGAUGAGCCCGAGCUCGACAACAAGCCAUGGAGAGAACCAUCGCAAGUCGACUUCAGUGCUGUACCAACUGUGGCCCUUGAUGGCAACUAUGCACCAUAUGGUGGCGGAAAACAAAUGCCGUCUUGUCCAGAGAAAGAAGCCAACUUGCGUCGCGAGAACGCCACCUUGAUGGUCUUCUACGCGGAUCCCAACGAUAUUCCUUCAUCUCCACGAGAACCUCUGGAGCAAGAUCAAGAGUCUGCACCUGCAGUCACCGUGACGAAUUUCGGCGCUCCACCAGACCAUGUGCUUGCCAAAGGUUCGCAGUCGUCACAAGCACAAGUGCCAGCACCUGUGGCUAUACCGGACCUCAGCAGCCUCGAAAACAUUUUCAAGCAGUUCGCACUGCCAGCAGCAACGCAGCCACCCGCCAUGUCUCAGCCGGCUCCUGUUCCGCAAACCACAUACGCACCACCUAUGCCUAUGGCAUCUAAUGUUGACCUGCAGAGCAUUCUCAGUGCUUUGAAAGUACCAGCUGCACCACAGGUCCAAGCUCCACCGCAGUACCCUUCGCAGGCACCGGCCGCACAAUUUCCUCCACCGUCUAUGGACUUCAAUGCCAUCAUGUCAGCCAUAUCAGCAUCGGCUGGCAACGGAACCUUGCCACCCCCGCCGCCAGGAUUUCCGCCCUUCCCUCUGCCCUUCGCCAUGCCACCCCAACAAAUGGAUAGCGCCGCAUAUCAGCUACAACAACAGCCGCAAUAUACUCCCCAGGACUACAAUACCCAGACAAAUGGUGGCAUCAAGCGGCAGCGAGAAGAGACUGGCAACAACGAUCGAGGCCAGGGCAAAAAGCACAAGAACCGCGGCGAACGGCCUCACAAGGUCCUGCCUUGCAAAUUCUUCCAAAUGGGCAAAUGCAGCAAAGGCGACAACUGCACGUAUGUGCAUGAUCUUAAUAUGUAAUCGACUCCCACCCUCUGCGGAGUCUUUUGCACGGCGAUGAUGGAUUCCUUUUGUUGAUGAAUCACACGCCCGACUCAAAGGGUGUGCUGUCAUGUUUCACACGAUGGACUUUGUAUUAUAUCCUCUUCUUUUCUUUGUUCCAUAUCACUGUAAUUAGCACUUGCAUCUGCAUAACUCGGUGGGCGCUCUGUUUACUCAGGCUAUCAUUCAUCGGGCGGCGUUUGUUCUUUUAGCCCCUCGUGGCAGCAUCAGUACGCGCGGAGCGGAAGCAUAGCAUGGUUAACGGCGUUCAGACCAUCAGACCAUCUAGGAGACGCUUCAGUCUCGGUCUAGCAUCAUGUCCACAGAUACAAGAAUCUGUAACAUGAAUGAAAUUACACUACAAUGAG